CGCGGUAGUUGGAGAAAUUCGGCGGGACUUUGUUUAAAUCGUAAUUUAUUUCACAAAACAAGAGCCAAGAAUGGCACGAGAUUCAAUUUUAACGUGGAUGCGAAACCUGGGGGAGAAGGGUCGUCAGAAUGAACUCGAAUUGCUGAUCCAAAACACACCAAUUAAAGAGUUAAAAGACACUCUAAAGGCAACAAUGGGCCGCAGCGAGGGCAUAACUUUUUGGAACUAUCUGCUCCUGGGCUUCAAUCCGGAUAGCGAGGAGGCAGUUGCAAAGCGAUUCGACUGCGUUCGCAGCUUUAUGGAUGGACUGAGUAGCAUGGAACUCAGCUACAAACAGACCUUUGACCUGAUCACGCGUCUGUCCCAGGACCUUGUCACCUUUCCUUCCGACCAGCUGGCCUGGAUGGUAGAACACUGCAUGGACGGGAUUCGCCAGGGGGACGCCAAGUGUGUGGGCUGGAAGGACCUGCUGCCAGAUGCGCUGUCCCUGCUUUUGGCUAGGCCGCGUUUUCUUUUGCACGGCAUCUCAAUGGACGGAACUGAGUUCAGGAAUACCACUGUAAGAAGUAUAGCUACCAUGCAAUGGCCAGCUACGAUCCUUACUCCGAUUGCAGACAUGUUCAAGUCCAUGAAUCUCAGCAGUGCAGAGAUCCUGACGGUGCUCAACAAAUUCUCUGGUGCCCUUCAAGAGCUGUCACCCAUGGAACUGCCAGCCCUGUGCUACCAGCUAUUUUCAAUGUGCAGCACUGCAUCCCAAUUAAUUAUUCCCUUACUGGCCUUGGAGAAAUAUUUUCAUCGCAAUUUUUAUAAACGUCUCUUCUCAGACAUGUGUAGCAACUCAACUAACUUGGACAGCAUUGACUCUUAUUCGGACAAGGAACUAAGGGAAGCAGAGGAGACUAUCCUGCAUCAUUUAAACUACUGUACCAUGUACAAGCUAACUGAAAAACAUUUGGCUAUAAUGCUAAGGAACUUCCUGCAUAUGCCGGAUGUGAUCCUCACCCCCUUUAUGCUCAGCGCAAUAAUUUCCAUGACGACCAUAAAUCGUGAUCCAGAGUCUGCCAGGAUAUCACAUUCCAUUUUGCUACCCUUUUUGCGUAAUGUCAUUAAAAAUAACGAAGAAGAGCGAACAUUGGCAGACUACUCCGUGUGGUAUCGUGACUCUUUGCAACGCAAACAAGUAGAUUUACAGCAGGUAUUCGCAGUGCUUAUAGAUCAGAACAAAGAAGGCAAGGAUGUGAUAACACCAGGACUUGUCCACUUGGUAUUUUACCUGUUAAAAUCCCAUUCGCCCAAGCUGCACACAUUGGCCAUUACAUUUCUAACAAAAUUUAUUCGCAAAUGUUUUAUUUUUGGCCAAGGCAUUAUAAAACUAAUUUCCGAGUGGAUGAUAGUAUACCAGGAUCAGAAUCAGUUUUCUGAAUGUCUUACACUUUUAAGUGUGGCUGAUACGUAUACCGUCUCAGAGUGCAUUAAGCCCAUUCAAACGGUUAUGGAGCAUAUGCAAUGGUUGUCUGGUGAGCAAUCUAUGCGCAUGAUGAACUUUAUUCUGCCCUUAUUGAAGAUUUCCAAUCGCGUUCGCGAUGCUCUGAUUGAUGUGCUUUGCAAGGCUAUGAGCUCAAGUGGUAUUCAAAAGCGACGAAUGGCCAUUUAUGGGUUCUGUAUGAUUUUGAAGCAGCUUAACAAUAGCAAUGCUGUCCGGCAAACAUCGAGUGCCACCAGUUUUUGCACACAACACAGCAUUUCCGGUUACUCCAUAAUGACCCAGAACACACUGGGGAGUCGGAGCAAUCCACAGAGAAAUUUCGACAUGCUUACUUUGGAAAUUAUUGGAAUGCUGCGAAACUGCUUGCAGCAACAGUUUGAUAUACGAUGCACCCUCUAUGAAAAUCUUCAAAGGGCCGUCGAGCUCAAUGCUAAACUAGUGCCCCAUGUACUUCAAGUAAUCGAUUGGCACUUUCGUAGCUUUUUUGAGACUCCCGCUGCAGAAGAGUCCGAUGACGACGUGGACACGGUUUUUCGCAUUCGCUACGAUCAGUUAGUUACCUCCAAUGAUGAUCUACAUAUGGAGAUUCAGCUUAAGGACAACCUGGGCAGAUUAAUACAGUUCGUAGCCAAUUGUUUGGCUGUUUUUGAGCGAGCUCCAUCUGGCUACGACACUCGUGAAAUGAAUCGCCUAUUGGGUUUUUGUGUGGACCGCAUGGUGGCCAAUAGGUUAACUUUGGAAGACAUCGCUCCCCCAGCCACACAUCUGAAAUGUGCUCUUGUAUUGCAACAACUCAAUAUUAUUGAAGGAAUAAUAAGUCAUUUAUUGCUGAGAUCCAAGCCACAAAACGAUGCUAUUUCUCAAAUUUUGCCGCUAUUUAACCAGCACGGCAAGCUGAUGGAAAGUCUUAGGGCAUUGGCUGAUGCUUCCAAGAAAGCCCAUAAGCAAUUAAAGCAAACGGCUAAGAACAAUAGCACAUCUGCGUGUAAUCUGACUAUGAACGGUGUCCCAGUAAAGAGCAUGUGUACGCAACCUGAAAAUAUUUGGGAUCUAGCCGUUUUAGACAAGCUAUUGCAUUUACUGCUCGAUGACAUUGUCGCAUUUGCUGCUCCCGAAAAAACUUUACUUUUACGGUCAAAUGAGCCCCUUGUUCGUUAUGUUUUAUCGGUAACGGCUUGUAGAGUGGAAAGCAUUCGCGGGGAGCCUGAUUAUAAGCAACUUGCUUACAGCAAACGCACUUUUAAGCAGUUGACGGACAUAACCAAGAUCAUCUAUGAGCGCUGUAUUCAGCGUUUGCCGAUGCUGUGGAAAGACUUUGAUAUGCAGAGAUCCGCUUUAGCAACACAGUGCUUUGCGGAGUGCCUUAAAACAGCCCAUGAAGUCUAUUCCAAGAAGUUUCAAGACUUUGUCAAGUCUUUUGAUAUGGCAUCUAUCAAGGGGAACAGAAACAAGGAAGUUACUUAUGUUGUUCAAGAUGUCUUAGACGAGUUUAUGACCAAAUUUGGCAGUGAUGAAUCAAUUUGCAAAGAUGAGUUUAUUGCCAAGGUUCCAAUUUGUCUUUUGGAAUCACUGGAGCUUAUUUUGGACCACAUCGACUAUGGAGAACGUGCCGCCACCGAAUCUUACACAUGGCUCCUAAACUUUUGCAUCAAGAACGAAAUUCUCAAUAGCGAAAUGGGCUUGGUUCACAGAAUGCUUUUUGUUCAGCGGCAAAAAACGCAUUUAGGUCCGUUCUUUGAAAGUGUUGCCAGGCAGCUGGGUCUCGUUCUUGGCGUCCAAGACGACGACACGCCAUCAAACUCCGUGGAGCUAAGUUUAAAAUCAAUAAGUACAGUGACCGCUGAGAGUUGUUUACAGCAUCUCUACUUAGCCAUCCAAAAGCAGCUGACCGAUGUGGAUUAUUUUGUGACCAAAGCGAAUAAUUUAAACUUUAAAUGCCAGGUAGUUCCCGAAAUCGAUCAAAUAUAUUGGCGAGGAAACCUGGAUGCGAUGGAUCGAUCCAUUUGCACACAAAUAAUCCACAUAUCUCGCACUUUGCUUGUACUUACCAACGUUUGCAUUCCUCUGGGCUCUUUAAUGGAUGGCCUUAUGAAAUUACUAAUUCAGCACUACACUUGUAUGAAAAACCUGACCAAACACUAUAUAUCAAGCUACGCAUCCGAGUCGAGCAUAGAAAACAUUCGCAGCACUAAAUUUGAACUGCUACUACGCGAUGUGGGUAAGCAACUUCCAGCGAAUAUUUAUGACCUUAUUACGUACAUAGAGGCAAAUACUCUUGAUGAGGAAGCGCAUCAGCAUAUCAAAAAGCGAAAGGUUGAUGCAGAGCGUGCAAAAGUUUUAAGAGAGACCCGUCUGAUUCCAAAGGUGAUAAUGGUUAUUGAGGACUUUAACAAACAUAUUAUUCUACUGUCGAAAAAGAUUAAAAGCCAGAAUAGGCUAACAGAUUACCUGCACUUGGGAACUAUGCGCGACUUUGAUAUCAAAUCGACAGAUCUAAGAGCGGCUAUAGAGCGCAGCAUCUCCGAUGGUCGCAAUAUUUCGACAGAGGACAGCAAUAUCGGAGAUAACGAUUCAGAUCGGGAUGAAGAUGAAGAUGUUCAAUCUACUACAUAUCCUGAGGAUAUUGAUGAGGAGGAACCAGAGUCCGUUGUCAAAGAACAGAAAGGCCAACGAAGGAGACGGGCUUCUAGCAGUGAAACAGAAAACUCUCAGCCUAAGCGAAAAAGAGGUCGAAGAGCUGCAGAAAAACCUCAAGACAAUGAUUCAGAGGAAGAGCGACCUGAAACCCCAACAAAAUUACCACAGACCAAAAAAGGUUCGAGAGCCAACAAAACUACUAGGGCUUCAGAUGAGAAUAAAACGAACAAAAAAUCCCAAGCCCAAACUGAAAAGCAAACAACGAAACCGACUAAAGAAGUUCGCCAGCCAGAAGAACCUACGGCAAGAGAAAGAACGCAACCAAGCCGUAGAGUAGGUCUCGGACGAUCUUCGAAAAGAAAUGUUUAAUAUUUUUCAUGAGUUAAAUUAAAUGUUUUUCCAAACCUCACGCAAGAAAAUUAUGUUUCUUGUCAUAAAAUAAGUAAGCUUUUUGAGUUGUUUUUUAUGCUCUUAAAAUAAAUU